AUGCUUGUAGGUCCCUUGCAAGAGACGGCCGGCGACUUUUGGUGCAUGAUAUGGAAUUACAACGUCCCUGCCAUUGUAAUGAUCACUCGGUGCUAUGAAUCCCAGCGUUGCAAAUGCUUCCAAUAUUGGCCCCCUUUGGAGGGUCAGUCCCUACGUUUCACAGCAAUAUCCUCAAGCUCCAGCACCUUGGUGACGCCUGGAACGGGUUGGGGUGGUAGCCUUAGCGGAACCGUGACUUCAAGCAAAAAGAAGCCCCACUCUGUGCGCCCACGCCGCUCUGCUAGUGAGGUGAGCAACUCCAGCAAAUUCGUCUUCGAGGUGAUUCACGUCACCUCGCAUCCUGGUGUAGACUACACUCGAACGAAACUUCGUCUGAAAGAGGUCAAGUCGGGUCAAAGUCGGAUUGUUAACCACUACGCCUUUCAUUCUUGGCCCGACCACGGGGUUCCAUCAGACAGCUCUGCUCUGCUAGAGCUGCUUAACACUGUGCAAGUCGAGUACGCUGCAACUAUAAAUCGCGAACUGGGCUACAUAAAUGCUUAUGAUACCCCCAUUCCACCCCCACCAAUUGUAGUCCACUGCAGCGCUGGCAUCGGGCGAACAGGUACCUUCAUUGCGCUGGACGUGAGCACAAAGCAGUUGAUGGAGUUGGGCGUAGUUAAUGUACCCCUGACGGUGGCACGCAUUAGGUCGCAACGUUCGGGCUGUGUACAGGUCUCGACACAGUAUCUCUUCGUGUACCGCGCGCUGAUAGAUUUCGCUGUGUCACGCGGCCUUGUGGCUGCGGAAACUGCAGGAGCGGCUGUGCGUCUGCUCACGACACCCAUACGAACUCCAAUGUCCACCCUCCUGCCAUUCUCGCCAGCGUCGUCACUUCCCAUGGACGCUAGUCUCCUUUCGGUUCUCGCCUCUGGCGUAAAUUCAAGCGACACCACCGAUCCCGUGCUUUUUAACACUCUGAUGCGCUGUCUCCGCAACCAAAUGACCACUGGCGAUGUUGAGGAUACUAGCAAUCGUCGGGUCUCCACGGAACUUGACUACGAGAUGGAGGAAAUGCAGGCGGCAGCAGAUGAAGCGGAGAGCGAUGAUGAGCCUAGACCAACAGAAAUUCUGUCCGAAGGAGAGAUAAAGGAAAAGGAACCGGUAGUGAUGAGACCAGCUGUUGAUGCACCAUCGGUCGUGAAAGCAAAGCCAGAGCAACUAUCUGAUGAGCAGAUGACAGCAGCAACAGCAGUGACUCCUGUUGUUUUAGGUCUGGAAGAGUCUGCGGCGUUUUGA